AUGGAUUCACAAGAUAAGAAGAUUGAGACGCUAUCUAAACAGAUGAAGGACCACUCGAGAGCCAUGAAAGAGCUACUCAAUGAAAUGCCUCAAUCAAUUGAGAAGAUGAUCCAACAAUCCCAAGAAUCUCAAGGAAAGAAACACCAACAGGAGGUUGAAUCGGAGUUGUGCCACUGGUCUACUACAGAUGUCAACGUUUCCUCUGGUGAUCAACCCCAACAGUAUACUCCAUUCGUCACUCAAUCAAGGGUUUUGGCAGAUCUAAGGGAGAAACAUACAAAGUUCUCUGAUCAGGUUGAUAAAGUUAACUUCGGGAACCCUAGGGCACCAUUCUCGUCGCCGGACUUCAAGGAGGAAGAACACGAUGUUGUGGAGAUCGUUACACAACGAUCACAAAUAGCGCUUGCCUAUCCUGCAGCCACCGCCACUUCCAUCGCCAUCGUCAUCGCCACUCCGGAAGAAAAUCCAAGCGUGAAGGGUAAUACAUCUAACUCUGUUGCUAGAUCCAAUUUAUUUUUUCGGUUUGGUCCAUGUGGUUUGCGUAGUUUGCCCUAUCAGUCCGUUCACUCCAUUGGGCCCGAUUCACAGACCAGUUAA